AUGCCUUACUCGACGACUAUGGGAGACCGCACUCAAUUCAUUCCUCCGCAUUUAGGAGAAAAUGUGUUACCGAAUAUGCCGUUUUUUCAUAGGUUGCUACGUUACGCGCAACGCAAGCCUUCACCCAUUGCGAUUCGAGAUCUGAACGCUGGUCUUGAAAAGACAUACCAUCAUCUUCUUUCCGAUGUUUUAGCUCUUCGCCAGGUAUUGGAGGGAAGACUUAGCACUGAAGUGCGACGUGAUUUAGCCGCAGACAAAGAAAUUUACAUUGCGUUGCUCGCCCCAGGAGGCUAUGAAUACACUGUUGGUUUCAUGACCAUUCUCGCGAUUGGCGCAGCAGUAGUGCCAAUGGCUGCUGUAUUGCCAGCCAAAGAAGCAUCCUACUUUCUUCUGAAAGCUCGAUGUGUCGCUCUACUCGCCAGUACCACCAGCGAGCAAACCGCCAAAUCAGUGGUGCAAUUUGUAUCAGAAACCAAAGGUGUACAGAUCCCUUGUAUAUCGCCUAUCGCAUCAUACUUCCAACCAACGCUCUUCCCAGCAGAUGAAGUAACCAUUUCGUCUGACCUCGUGCCCGACAUGAACGGUGCAGCAUUGGUGAUCUUCACAUCUGGCACGACAGGGCCUCCAAAGGGCGCUGUUCAGCGUCGCAGCUACCUAACUGGUAGUGGCGAAGCUGAUAUGGACCAUUACCGUAUCACAGAUCAAGAUACCGUCCUCCACGUCCUCCCCGUGCAUCACGCUUCAGGUGUCGGUUUGACAUUUCUUCCAUUCCUGACGGCUGGGGCAUGCAUCGAGUUCCGCAGUGGGAAUUUCGAUACGGCUUGGACGUGGGAACGCUGGCGUCAGGGCGGUCUUUCGUUCUUUUCUGGUGUUCCGACUAUUUAUAUGCGGAUGAUGCGAUAUUAUGAAGAGAAUAUUGCGCAUCAGCCUCCAGAGAUUCGGGAUCAGUAUAUUACUGGUGCGCGUGGUAUUAGGGCUAUGCUGUGUGGCACUUCUGCUCUUCCGGGGCCUGUUCAGGAUUUCUGGAAUCGGAUUAGGGAUAAGCCGAUCCUGACUCGAUAUGGUGCUACUGAAUUUGGAGCGGUUAUUAAGACUGAUCUUGAUUCUGAGGGUGUUCCGCAGAAUAGUGUUGGGCGUGUUGCUGAGGCUGUUUCGUUGAAGCUGGCCGAUGAUGGUCAUGUUUUGGUCAAGUGUCCUUAUAUGUUCUCCAAAUAUCUGUUUGACGAGAAAGCAACUGCGGAUGCCCAUGAUGCAGAUGGGUACUUCAAAUCGGGAGACAUUGCCCGCCGCGAAGGCAAGUAUUAUUUCAUCCUCGGUCGUGCAUCAAUCGAUAUCAUCAAAUCUGGAGGCUAUAAAAUAUCCGCAUUGGAUAUCGAGCGCGAGAUCUUGGGUCUGGAUUAUGUUUCGGAAGUCAUGGUCGUGGGUGUUGAAGACGAUGAAUUUGGUCAACGCGUUGCUGCCACUGUCAGUCUUAAGCAAGAUCGCAACGCAACUCGCAAGGACUUGACACUUGCGGAGCUUCGUGAUGACCUACGGAGUAAAAUAGCUGGGUAUAAGCUGCCGACUAUUCUUCGCGUUGUUCGGGGUGAACUUCCCAAGUCGGGGACGGGAAAGGUACAGAAGAAGAUAUUGGGGCCUCAGUUCUUUCCGUCGAACUAUCGGGAUUUACCUGAGGUUCAGACUUGGAAUAGGCAAAGUAAGGCUAAACUUUGA